AUGACGGAUUACCUGAUGGUCGGCAAACGAGCUGAUAUCCUGAUGGUAAGCAAUCACGAGCGUACGGCGCGUUGCGUUCCACGCGUGCCUCAAAGAGCCAAUAGACCACCACAGACGGGGCCCUAUAGGGCUGAUGUUCAGCCGGGUUGCGGGUGUGGAAUUGAAAAUGAAAAGAUUGAAAAUAAUAAUAAUGUGGCCGAAACCUUAGUUCGAAAUCCACCAACAGCUCCAAUGAUCACAGGCUACAUUCCUGGAACCACUCUCUCUGCUGGCACUGUUCAGAGGCUGUCAUGCAUAUCUUCAGGAGGCAACCCACUGGCUACGCUUACGUGGUUCAAGAAUGAUAAAAAGAUACAUUCAGUAACGAAGACAGUAGAACGCUCAGUCUCCGCUGAGAUCUCAAUCCUGACAAAUGUGACUGACAACCAGGCCCAGUACCGCUGUGAAGCCACCAACAGUGCCACUGAGAUCCCACUAUUUGAAACUGUGACCUUGAAUGUUUAUUUCGCCCCUGAAGCUGUGAAAGUCCGAGUGUCGCCUGAAGAGCUGAAGGUGGGGAUCGAAGCCACGCUGUCCUGUGACGCUGCCAGCAGUAAUCCUCCUGCGACACUAUCGUGGUGGAGGGAUGGCAUACCUGUACAGGGUCUACCAAUGCAACAGAAAAAAGGUCUCCACGGAGGUACGGUGUCCACGAUAGAGCUGAAGCUGACCAUCACCAAGGACCUUAAUGGAGCAGUCUACACCUGUCAGGCUAUGAACGAGGCUCUGCAGAGGAGCGUCCACGAUGCACUGCCCCUUAAAGUUUUAUAUGCGCCAAUUUUCGAUGAGACUACCCCAUAUACAACAGUUGGAGUUGAGAACGAGCCUCUGAUCAUAGUUCUCCGAGCUGAUGAUGACAGAAUAAUAUCGGAGGGUAGUAUGUUGAACAUGACGAAACUAUCUCGGCAUGACGCUGGAGUGUACACGUGUGAAGCUGUCAACUCUCAGGGAGCUGCCGUCGCCAAUAUCAGCGUGUCCGUUCAUUAUCCAGCAAGCAUCAAAUCUGUGGCUCUGCAUGAAGUAGUCAGCCCCAAUCAGGACGCCAUGUUGUCUUGUACUGCUAACGGUAACCCCUUAACAGCAGAUAAUAUACGUUGGGAACGCCAAGGAUACAAUAUUAACCCUAGUCAGGUUACUUUUGAACCUCGUAACCUUACAAGUACUUUAGUUGUAAAACAAGCGACGAGGGAAGAUGUGGGCAACUUCCAAUGUGUGGUGGACAAUGGCAUUGGAGGGGAAACCAGGCAAGAUGUUAUGCUAGUGGUGAAGUUUAAGCCUGAAUUGGACAGCUCUCCCAGUUUGAUGAAAUCAGCUUCUAACGUUGGACAAGUUGGAAGAUUAACGUGCAAGUGCCGAGCAGCCCCAGCACCAAACUUCACGUGGUCCAAGAACGGUGCCAAAUUACCAGUCAACACUUCGACCAAGUAUUUCGCUGAGUACCACAAACUAGAUCCUGUGACUUAUACUUCGGUGCUCCUCAUCAAUGACGUCAGCUCCUCAGACUACGGGUCCUAUGAAUGCGGUGCCAGAAAUGACUUGGGAUUUUCCACCACAUCCGUGAAACUGGAUAUCACUAGCGCCCCAGAUCAAGUAAUAUCAUUAAUUGUGACGAAUGUGACCCACAAUUCUGUGACGCUGCAAUGGGUCCCUGGAUUUGAUGGCGGACUGCCGUCCUGGUUUAGAGUACGAUACAGGAGAGUCUUUGAAGAAUCUUAUAAAUAUGAAGACGUGGUGCCAAGAAAUGCAACCACAUUUACUAUUGGAGGUCUUGACCGCAAUACUGACUACGUUUUCUCUGUAAUGGCAAUUAACAAAAUUGGACAAAGCAAAUACAGACCAGAUGAUACCAAAGUUACUACACUGACUUCUUCAGAGGUAGGCGAGCUGAAUGUUGUGUCUACAGAAUUUGUUGAAACUGCUGAUGUAUCAAAAUCUGUAGUCAUUUACGUGUCGAUCACUGGAGUUAUACUAGUCAUGAUAAAUGCUGCUUUGGUUGCUUGUUUUGUGUUGAAAAGACGAUCUAGACGUCUAAAAGAACAAGCUGGUCAAGCAUCAAAAUCAGCCACAAUAGAGAUGUACGCCCCAUCAUCUUACAACGAUACUAUGACGGGCGAGACCCUGAGCUCUGUCUCUGAGAAGUCGGAAACUUAUUCUCAAGAUGAGGGCACGGAUGACAGGCAACCACCGCCGAUACCUGAGGUUCCAUCGAUGCCUACUAGGCAUAUGUUGAGUCAGACGUCGGAUGCCUUCUUAAUGGAUGAUCAGGGUCUAGUGAUUCCACCACCUUUGGACUAUCCUCCUCCUAACUAUGCGGUAUAUGAUGGAGACCACGCCAGGACACUGCCACAUCCUCACAGACAUAAGGAUAUCACGGGACAUAGUACGCUAGGCAGAAGUACAGGCAAGCAGAAUUACGUGCCAGCUCCGAGUCCUAUGCCCCCGUUGGAUGGCUCGUAUUACAACAUGGCGUCUGACCGAUACUUGUCCUAUCCGCCAUUGAUUGGAGAAUAUUUACAACAGCAGCAGGGUCGAACUCCCACCCCACCACAGCAGUACGGGGGCCAGCCACUACCGAAGCCUCACCUCAUGAACGGGGGGUUACCAUCCAGCUCCCCAUCACACAUGGCCAGCCCCCCACACAGCUACGCUCUUGAUGAUCGACAGUCAGCCGGAGGCACGCUGAGGCGGCAGAGGAUGGACAAGAUGGCCGCCGUCCCUCCACCUGACGUCACUGUAUUACACCCUGGUAGUUGUGCACAGCACUUAGUCCAGACUCCAGCGCCGAAGCAACCUCAGUCGAUCUUAAAGGACCCGUCACGUCACAAAUACGGCAACCAGUAUGGUAGCCCCAUAUCUUCGAGCACGCCACAAAACUCCAAUCAGAUAUUAACAGUACAGAAUUUAACUUCCGACGUCCCGCAGUACGGGACCAUUAAAAAAGAAAACAAGAAACAAAAUGUUACCAUCGACGAGUCGUUCAACAAAAGAAGUGAGACCCACGUGGUCUAA